AUGGCCGGAGGAGACGGAGAAGGAGCAACACAAUUUCAUGACUAUGAGGGCGGCGGUAUUGGCGAAGGAGAAGGCAACAAGGAUGUUAGUGACAAAAUUGAAAAUGAAGAUCAGGUGGAAGACACUUUCAAGGAAGGACAGGAGAAGGAAGAACAACAAGACCAGGGGAACAUUAAAGCAGAAGACAACGCUAUAGAAAUGUCGGAGGACUUUGACGGUCAGAUGCACGACGGGGAUCAAAAAGAGACCGGUGAAGAUGAGGAGUCUGAGAAAGAGGAGGAGGAGGAGGAGCUGGACAAAAAGAUGGGAGACUUGGGAGACGGACAGACGGACACUCUGGAUGAGAGGCUGUGGGGAGACGACCAGAGCGACGGAGAGGAGGGCAGUGACAAGGAGGAAGAGUAUGGAGAGGGCAUGGACCAGGGAGAUUCUGAGCUUGUGGCCAAAGAUGACAACUUGGACGCCGCUGAGCCCAACAAGGACAAAAAGAAUCAGAAUCGGGAGGAACCUGGGGAAGAGGAAGAAAAGGAGGAGAUCCACGAGCAAGGGGACCAGCGGGAGUUCGAUGAGAAUGAGGUGGACCCGUACCACGGACAACAGAACAAACAAGUCGAACCUGAAGCCAUGGAUCUACCUGAAGAUCUGAAUCUGGACCAAGAGGACGAGGGCGGAGAGAACAACGAAGGGGACGAGGAAAACCCAUUAGAAAUUGAAGACAAAAAACCUGGGGUGGAUGAGGACGGUGAGAGUCGGGACGAGGAGAACAGCGGAGCCGAGAACUUGGAGGAGAUUCCUGAAGAACAACCCGAGCCGGGAGCAGAGGAGGGACCACAGGGAGAGCAGAGCGAAGGGCCUGAGGAGGAGGAGGGGAAGCAGGAAGAGAAGGGAGACGACCAGGAGUCUGCGGAGAAGAGAGACAGAGAAGAGAAAGAGGAGACCGACCCGGCGAAGGAGGAAGACUCUGCUGCUCCGAACCUCCAAGGAGAGAAGGCAAAAGAUCAGGGGGAGCAGGACCAGGGGGAGCAGGACCAGGAGGAGGAGGAGCAGCUGGAGUCUGCUGAGAGAAGGGAGCACCAGGCCGAUGGGCAGACCGGGGAGCAGAACGUCCAGAGUGAGACGGCGGUGGAGCUGGGAGGAGAGGCGUCUGAGAGGGAGCAGGCCAAGGAGGAACACGGCAGUGGAGCCGCGGACGCCAACCAGGCUGAGGGUCAUCAGUCCCAGCUCGUGGCACAGAUGGCCUCACAGCGUCACACAGAGAAGCAGACACAGAGCUACAAGAGGAAGCCGGGUCAGGCCGACAACGAGCGCAGCACUGGAGACUACAACGAGAGGAUCAACAAGCGUCUGAAAACCAUAAACCGGUCGUCAGAGCAGAGAGACGCUGGAGCCGAGGGAGAGAAGCAGGAGCAGCAGGAGUCUGACCUGUACGAACACAUGAAGCAGGGAGAGAGCUCCUACGACACGCAGACGUACGAUGUGGCGAGUGCGGAGCAGCAGAAAGCAGCAGGUCCACAAAUGGAGCAAGAAAAGAAUGAUGAGGUUUCCAUGGAGAUGGAGGAGGAGGAUCUUCAGAGCGCUGAAGUCCCAACUCUGAACCCAGACAAGCAAGACGCUAACAACAAACAACAACUACUACAACAAGGAGACCACAGUGAAGACAUGGAGGUCCAGCAGCUCGGAGACGAACAGGAGGAGCAGGACAACUGGAAGGACAGGUCUUUAUUCAACAGAGAUGAGUCUAAAGAGAAGAUGACAGAGUCCACCAUCCACACUGUGCCUGAGUUACUGCUGCAGUCUGCUGAGAGAGAUGACAGAGAUCCAGAGCAGAUGAGGAGAGAGAUGGAGCAGCUGCUGGAUGUCUGCCACAAGCUUCCUCCAGGAAGUCCUGAGGAGGAGGGGGCAGCAGCGUGCCUGUGGCAGCAGUACCAGAGUGUGACCUCAGGUCUGUCUCAGCAGCUCUGUGAGCAGCUACGCCUCAUUCUGGAGCCCACACAAGCGGCGAAACUCAGGGGGGACUACCGCACCGGGAAGCGCCUCAACAUGAGAAAGGUCAUCCCGUACAUCGCCAGCCAGUUCCGCAAAGACAAGAUCUGGCUGCGCAGGACCAAGCCCAGUAAACGAGAGUACCAGAUCUGUCUGGCCCUGGACGACUCCUCCAGCAUGGUGGACAAUCACUCCAAACAGAUGGCCUUCGAGUCCCUGUCCGUCAUCAUCAACGCCCUCACGCUGCUGGAGGUGGGACAAGUGUCUGUCUGCAGCUUCGGUGAAGAGGUGCAGCUGCUUCAUCCGUUCCAGCAACAGUUCAGUGAUGAAUCCGGGGCUCGCGUCCUCAGACUUUGUCAGUUCCAACAGAAAAAGACCAGGAUUGCUCAGUUUUUGGAGACAGUGACCAAAGUGUUCCUGACCUCCAGACCACACUCUUCAGCAUCCACCAAGUCGGACACGGCGCAGCUGCUGCUGGUGGUUUCUGACGGCCGCGGUCUGUUCCUGGAGGGAAAGGAGAGAGUCUCAGCCGCAGUGAGAGCAGCUCGCAGCGCAAACAUCUUCAUCAUCUUUGUGGUUCUGGACAAUCCCAACUCCAGGGACUCCAUCCUGGACAUCAAAGUUCCCAUCUUCGGCGGCGUAGGCGAGAUGCCAGAGAUCCGCUCGUACAUGGAUGAGUUCCCGUUCCCGUUCUACGUGGUUCUCCGAGACGUGAACGUUCUGCCGGAGACUCUGAGCGACGCCCUGAGGCAGUGGUUCGAGCUGGUCACGGCGGCUCAGCAGUGA